AUGGCNCUGUGUGUGGUCUAUGUCAAAGAGAAGUCCAUUCAAUUGUAUGACAGUCUCGCUCAGACUUCCACAAACCACACGCAAGUUAUGGACACAAUUCUCUCCUAUCUCGACAAUGAGCAUCGGCACAGAAAAGGUCAAUCAUUGGAUUCUGCGAGAUGGACCACUGAACAAGUCAAUGAUAUUCCUCAUCAAAACAAUGAUAAUGACUGUGGAGUAUUCGUUUGCGUGUAUGCUGAAUAUCUGACGAGGCAUGCCAGCUUCUUGUUCACAGCAAACGAUAUGCCGCACAUCAGACGCAGGAUGAUGGAGGAAAUUGUUUCGUCUGAGUUGUCUUGUACUUCACCGAUGCCAUCGUGUGGAGAAUCUCAACAUUUAGAACAGCCAAUUACAGAACCUGAAUCAACAUUGAUACAAGAUCACCGUUCAUUCUGGAUGAGGAAGGACAAAGUGAUCGAGAUUUCCACUAAAAUCGAUCGCGUUCUCCUCCAUGAAUCGGCGAGGUUCCAUCAGGGAGAUAAGCGCUUCCCACCAGAAAGAGCAAAUUGCCAAUGCACUGCCAAUUCCAUCUGCAGCAUCGUUGCAUUGCUCCUCUCCGAUGGGAAGGUCACUCGAGAUCUUCUUGACAGAGUGUUGGUAGAUGGUGACAAAUAUUACGCUGAUAGUGUAUCUCACAAGGACCCAGGAUAUACCCACUUGUCUCCAGAGGAUCUUCUCACGUCGAUCAUCGCUUGUGGUCAUUCGGUUACAAUCGAGCCUCGGUCGGAAACUUAUGGGCUGUUUUCAUCGGGAACUGCUGUGAAGGACAUCACAGUAGCGAUCAACUCGAUGGGAGAUCUACAUGCAUCAUCCUUGGAGCAUACAGGAUUUUUGUAUAUAGCUGACUCCAAAACCGUUGCAUUCCUCAUCUCUCCAGUGAUCUCGGAAUCAUUACGACGUGUAUAUUACAUGUUCAAUCCACACUCGGUUGACAACAGCAAUUGUCAUCCCCUGAGUAGUCGAAGCAGAGGUGUUGCUCGUCUGUUUCGAUGCUUGUCGACAGAUGCCCUAGCUCGACUGUUGGUAGUUGAUCGUCGUGGAGGUAAUCGUGGAGCUUGGCAGAUAUACUCCAUUAAGAUCACUGAGUUCUCCAAGUGACUAUCUGGCACUCCAACCGUUAGCACGAAAUUGGCUGAUCUUGAGAACGAACGAAGUAGAAUCAUUAAAAAGUUAAGUUGUGGUUUCCAUUUUAUUCCUAGUCUUGAUAAAUCGACAAUAAACAGAAUUUUUCUAAUCAGCUAAUUUUGUCAAAAAUUGAUUUCAGCCAUACGACUCGAACGACUGCGUCGGAAAUGGAAUGGAAGAAAUCCUGUCUUAAGUUAAGUUUUCAUUUUUUCAAUCAUGCUCUUACUUUUCCUCAUAUUGUUGUUUUUAACAGUUUAUUAAUGUUUGAUUUUUUCAAAUUCUUUCAGCUUUCUCGAGCACCAGGCAAAAGAAAUUUCAAAUGGAAUACCUUAAACCUAUUCGUGUACAGCUUGUAGAUUAGAUUUUAGUUUGACUUUCUUCUGUAAUUCAUUCGAACCUAUAGAGCUUAUUUUGUCGGUUCCCUACUGGAGUAAUGUUUGUAUAUUUUGAUAAUUAAGUACUAUGGAUAAGAUUUAAUGAAUUGUAAUUUAUAUAAGUACAAGUGAAGUUAUUGUAAUUUUCUAAAAAGCAUAUAAAUUAUUGUUAUUUCAAGUUAAUGUAAAAUACGAAAAAAGUGUGAUAAAAUCGACGUAUAAAUAUAAAAUUUGUUUUUUGGAGGAUCAUUGAAAAUGAAUUUGAUCUUUCUGUUAUUUGAUAUGAAACGUUGAAACGAAAUGUACAAAUUAUUUUUCACCUAGUUUAUAGUUUUUUCUAUCCCCUUUGUUCUUCCAUUCCAAUUUUCGAGCCUUGUGUCUGAUAGUCAUUAUUGUCAUUUUCAAAAAAAUUCGAAAACGCAGCUUUGCGUGGUUUCUGUCGGUGUGUAGCAUGUAAUAAACUUAUUAUUCAAUCAUUUCAUAA